AUGACCGAUGGCGACGAUUGCGGGAUAUCCGAUUUACCAAACAAUAAAAAUACUACUAUUACUAAAGCGUUCAUCGUCCUUCUCGGUUUAAACGAUAACGCUGAGAGCUGGUCCCUGAUCCUUCAACAGCUACUUAUAUUCGUCCUUAUAAUCGGUCGUUGGAUCCUCCCACGUGGCAAUAUUACCGGUGAUCAACUCUCCCAGCUCCUUCUAAUGUACGUUGGAAGCGGAGCAGACAUAUUGGAAUUUUCAUCCGAAGGUCUACGAUUGGAUAAAAUAGGAUGUGAUUCGACUGUUAUAUACACUAUUCUAACCAUUUGGACAUGUAGUCUUUUUCAAUUUACACUGCCUUUGACCGUAAAGAAGCGGUCAAGACCGAGGCCUUCUGCAAAGGGUUUACUAAAGAUAAAGCAUGCCGUAUCAACAUGUUGCGCGACCGAGAUCUGGGCUAUAUUGGUCACCGUACUAUUGCAGGACGGGCCGUUUCUUGUUGUUCGACUGUAUCUUAUGAUUGAUAAAAAGGUCAUAAAUGAACUUCUUCUCUUCUUCGCGUGUAAGAACUUCUUGGCAAUUCUACUUCAAGGAAACCGGUUGCGAGUGUUAUUGAAAGAGAAACGUCUGAUUCGAAGGUCACUGCGAAAUCGGUUCGCCCUCAGAUUGCAAUGGGGUGCUGCUCGAAACAUAGAAAAGAAGGAAAAUGAGCCAGACGAUAUUGAGAAUGGGACCAUCAAUCACGAAUCAAAUGAAUCUCAUAAUGAGGAAAGAUAG